UCUGGCUGGCAGCUCCAAGCUAGCAGCUAGUAAGGCAGUGAGCGCGCGGAGCCGAGAGAGGAGCGCCUGCCGCGCAGAGUGGCAGUGGUCUGGUGCUGCGGGAGCACUGUGCUGAGUGAGGCUCGGAUCUGCACCCCACUUCCCGCGAGCUGUCGUCCUGUUGGCUCACGCUCAGGAGCUCGACGCGUGGGAUAAGAUUCUAGACUCCGGGAUGCUGCACUUCAAGUCCCCGAGGCGUGGCACUGUCUCGGUCAUCAACCGGAGGGAGCAUGCUGUUGGGCUGAGAGCUGCUGGGAGGCAUGAUGUCUCCCUCACGGUUGUGCUGGCCAUGGGCUGGCUCCUCCGGGUUGACUUCUCAGUGGCCGCAUCUACAGCGGCAGCUGAAUGUCCUGACCAGAACCCUGAACUGCAGCCUUGGACCCCUGGCCAUGACCGAAACCAUCAAGUACAUAUUGGUCAGGGCAGGAGUCUCCUGCUCACCUCUUCCGCCACAGUCCACUCCAUCACCAUCUCACAGGGAGGCAAACUUGUCAUUAAAGACCACCAUGAGCACAUCGUGCUGCGUGCCCGGCACAUUCUGAUUGAUGACGGUGGAGAGCUGCAUGCUGGGAGUGCCCUUUGCCCUUUUGAGGGCAAUUUCAGUAUUGUGCUUUAUGGAAGGGCUGAUGAAGGCCUCCAGCCGGACCCUUACUAUGGCCUGAAGUACAUUGGAGUGGGCAAAGGAGGCACUCUGGAGUUGCAUGGACAGAAAAAGCUCUCCUGGACAUUUCUAAACAAGACCCUUCGUCCUGGUGGCAUGCAGGAGGGAGGAUAUUUUUUUGAAAGGAGCUGGGGCCACCGUGGAGUCAUUGUUCAUGUCAUUGACCCCAAAUCAGGCACAGUCAUCCAUUCUGAUCGGUUUGACACCUACAGAUCCAAGAAAGAGAGUGAACGUCUGGUCCAGUAUUUGAAUGCUGUGCCUGAUGGCAGGAUCCUUUCUGUCGCAGUGAAUGAUGAAGGUUCUAGAAACCUGGAUGACACAGCCCGGAAGGCAAUGACCAAACUGGGCAGCAAGCACUUCCUACACCUUGGAUUUAGACACCCUUGGAGCUUCAUCACUGUGAAAGGAAAUCCUUCUUCUUCAGUUGAAGACCACAUUGAAUACCAUGGUCACAGAGGUUCAGCUGCUGCCAGGGUUUUCAAGCUGUUCCAGACAGAGCAUGGUGAACAUUUCAAUGUUUCUUCGACCAGCGAAUGGGUCCAAGAUGUGGAAUGGACGGAGUGGUUCAACCAUGAUAAGGCGUCUCAGAGCAAAGGCGGGGAGAAAAUUUCAGAUCUCCGAGCAGCUUACCCAGGGAAAAUCUGCAAUCGACCCAUUGACAUACAGGCCACAACAAUGGAUGGAGUUGCCCUCAGCACUGAGGUUGUCUACAAAAAUGGCCAAGAUUACAGGUUUGCUUGCUACACCCGGGGCCGAGCCUGCCGCAACUACCGAGUACGAUUCCUAUGUGGAAAACCUGUGAGGCCCAAGCUCACAGUCAGCAUCGACACCAAUGUAAACAGCACCAUCCUGAACCUGGUAGACAAUGUGCAGUCCUGGAGGCCUGGAGACACCCUGGUCAUCGCCAGCACUGACUACUCCAUGUACCAGGCCGAAGAGUUCCAAGUGCUCACCUGCAAAGCUUGUGCCUCUACGCAGGUCAGGGUGGCAGGGAAGCCGCAGUACCUACAUAUCGGGGAGGAGAUUGAUGGUGUGGACAUGCGGGCUGAGGUUGGGCUGCUGACUCGGAACAUCGUGGUGAUGGGAGAGAUGGAGGACCAAUGCUACCCCUACAGCAGCCACAUCUGUGACUUCUUUGACUUUGAUACCUUUGGGGGACACAUCAAGUUUGCUCUGGGGUUUAAAGCUGCCCACUUGGAGGGCGUGGAGCUAAAGUACAUGGGGCAGCAGCUGGUGGGCCAGUACCCAAUUCACUUCCACCUGGCUGGAGACUUGGAUGAACAGGGAGGCUAUGACCCACCUACGUACAUCAGGGACCUCUCCAUCCACCACACAUUCUCCCGCUGCGUCACUGUCCAUGGCUCCAAUGGCCUGUUGAUCAAGGACGUUGUGGGCUACAAUUCUUUGGGCCACUGCUUCUUCACUGAAGACGGGCCAGAGGAACGCAACACUUUUGACCACUGCCUUGGCCUCCUUGUUAAGUCAGGGACUCUCCUCCCAUCAGACCGGGACAGCAGGAUGUGCAAAGUGAUCACAGAGGACUCAUACCCAGGGUACAUUCCUAAGCCCAGGCAGGACUGCAAUGCUGUGUCCACUUUCUGGAUGGCAAAUCCCAACAACAACCUCAUUAACUGUGCGGCUGCGGGGUCUGAGGAAACUGGAUUUUGGUUCAUUUUUCACCAUGUGCCAACGGGCCCCUCCGUAGGGAUGUACUCCCCAGGUUACUCUGAGCACAUUCCACUGGGGAAAUUCCACAACAACCGAGCACAUUCUAACUACCGGGCUGGCAUGAUCAUAGACAACGGAGUCAAGACUACUGAGGCCUCAGCCAAGGACAAGCGGCCCUUCCUCUCCAUCAUCUCUGCCAGGUACAGCCCACACCAGGACGCAGACCCACUGAAACCCCGGGAGCCCGCCAUCAUCCGUCAUUUCACUGCCUACAAGAACCAGGACCAUGGAGCCUGGCUGCGGGGUGGGGAUGUGUGGCUGGACAGCUGCCGGUUUGCUGAUAAUGGCAUCGGCCUGACCCUGGCCAGUGGUGGGACCUUCCCAUAUGAUGAUGGCUCCAAGCAGGAGAUAAAGAACAGCUUGUUUGUUGGUGAGAGUGGCAACGUGGGCACAGAGAUGAUGGACAACAGGAUCUGGGGCCCAGGUGGCUUGGACCACAGCGGAAGAACCCUCCCUAUAGGCCAGAAUUUUCCGAUUAGAGGAAUUCAGUUCUACGAUGGCCCCAUCAACAUCCAAAACUGCACCUUCCGCAAGUUCGUGGCCCUUGAGGGCCGGCACACUAGUGCCUUGGCCUUCCGCCUAAACAAUGCCUGGCAAAGCUGCCCUCACAACAAUGUGACCAACAUUGCCUUUGAGGAUGUCCCGAUUACUUCCAGAGUGUUCUUCGGAGAGCCUGGGCCCUGGUUCAACCAGCUGGACAUGGAUGGGGACAAGACAUCUGUGUUCCACGAUGUGGAUGGCUCUGUGUCAGAGUACCCUGGCUCCUACCUCACUAAGGAUGACAAUUGGCUGGUUCGACACCCAGACUGCAUCAACGUCCCAGACUGGAGAGGGGCCAUCUGCAGUGGGCGCUAUGCACAGAUGUACAUCCAGGCCUACAAAAGCAGCAACCUGCGCAUGAAGAUCAUCAAGAACGACUUCCCUAGCCACCCCCUCUACCUGGAGGGGGCCCUCACCAGGAGCACCCACUACCAGCAGUAUCAGCCUGUCAUCACCCUGCAGAAGGGGUAUACCAUCCACUGGGACCAGACGGCCCCAGCUGAGCUUGCCAUCUGGCUCAUCAACUUCAACAAGGGCGACUGGAUCCGAGUGGGGCUCUGCUACCCAAGAGGCACCACCUUUUCCAUCCUUUCAGAUGUUCACAAUCGCCUGCUAAAGCAAACCUCCAAGACCGGGACCUUUGUGAGGACCCUGCAGAUGGACAAGGUGGAACAGAGCUAUCCUGGCAGGAGCCACUACUACUGGGAUGAGGAUUCUGGGUUGCUCUUCCUGAAACUAAAAGCCCAGAAUGAGAGGGAGAAAUUUGCCUUCUGCUCCAUGAAGGGCUGUGAGAGAAUCAAGAUUAAAGCCCUGAUCCCAAGGAAUGCAGGCAUCAGCGACUGCACAGCCGCUGCUUACCCCAGGUUCACCGAGAGGGCCGUGGUGGAUGUGCCAAUGCCCAAGAAGCUCGUUGGAGCUCAACUGAAGACAAAGGAUCACUUCCUGGAAGUGAAGAUGGAAAGUUCCAGGCAGCACUACUUCCACCUUCGGAAUGACUUCGCUUAUAUUGAGGUGGAUGGGAGGAAGUACCACUGCUCAGAAGAUGGCAUCCAGGUAGUGGUGAUUGAUGGGAACCGAGGUCACGUGGUGAGCCACGGGAGCUUCAGAAAUGCCAUUCUGCAGGGUAUACCUCGGCAGCUCUUCAACUACGUGGCAGCUAUCCCUGACAAUUCCAUCAUUCUUAUGACAUCGAAGGGCAGAUACAUCACCAGAGGCCAAUGGACCAAAGUGCUGGAAAAGCUUGGGGCAGAUAAAGGUCUCAAGUUGAAAGAAAAAAUGGCAUUCGUCGGCUUCAAAGGCAGCUUUCGACCCACCUGGGUGACUCUGGAGACUGAAGAACACAAGGCCAAAAUCUUCCAGGUGGUUCCCAUCCCUGUGGUGAGAAAAAAGAAGUUAUAAGGACAGUUGCCACUUGUUACCGCCCCAGGCUGGACUCCUACAGCAGCCAGGGACAGGAUGGCUGGGUCCCCUGGUUUCCAGCCCCACUGGGCUAAGGGACAGAUAUCAAAGACCUUGGUGCUGCCACCUGCCCCUACUCCAGUCUACCUGCAGCUACCUGGGCAGUGCUGGCUGAUGCUACAAUCUCCUCUUGGGUGCUUCUCUCCUGUCUGUGCCUCAUCGGUAGAGGCAUGGGGACCAUACAAAGAGACCGGGGUUGGGCUGGCAGCAGAUGGCUAUUUGGGCAGGAAUCUGAACCCAGAUAGGAGGUUGUCCAGAUGAUGGGACCACUCACUGAUUUCCACAGUCACUUGCAGACACGUUAAGUGGCAAAUGGAGGGAAGGCCAUCUUUACUCCUGUGAGUGAGGGUAGGGCUUCUUGGGAUUAGGAGCUGGACUACAGACAGAGCUGGCCAGGGUGGCGGACUGUGCUGGGGAGGAGAUGGAGUCCUCUGUCUGGAGGGCUCCCUUUUCAAGAGAAUUCAGCUGGCACAUUGCAGUGGGGACUAGGUGGCUCCUGGAGGCCCUUCCUGGGAUUGAAGAACUCUGUAGUGUUUUGCUCUGUGCUUGGAGUUCAGCGGUAGAGAUAAUCAUUGUAGCUGGCAUCUCUACUAUGAAUGCCCUUGAUACAGGGGAUGGAGAGGAGAGAGCUCACACUUGGAGGCCUUGCAUUAGCAGAUGACAGGGAAGCCAGGUCUCCAUACACUCGGAUACCAGGCUGCGAGUCCAGACAGAAGUGACACGGUUGACCAGUGGUAGCUCAAAGGAGUGGAAGUCCACACCACCCAGGAACAUGAGGGAAGGCUUCUUCUGGGAUGCUGUGGUGCUGGCAGGAGUGAAGGACAGAGAUGGUAGCGAGGCAUGAGGCAGCCUCAGGUCACCUUUGGCCUCCACAGCUGACCCACUUGUGAUGGAGAAGCAAGGUCAGCAGAGAAGAAAAAGGGCUGAGCUACAAUGUACAGAACCUCGUGCAGGUUGCUCUCCAGCCAGUCCCCUCUGACUCUGAGAGAGGGUGGAGUGAAGUUCACACACCUGAGGCUCAAUGACGGGCCUCUGGUGCACUUCAGCCAAGAGCUGAGCAGAAGAAGACUCCAGAAUAUCUGAGCAUGCUCACACCACAGUGAUCCCGUGGUGUUGGAGAUGGAGAGAACCUUGGGGAAUCCUCAAGGACCACCUAGUCUAGAGUUUUCAGCUACGUCUGAGGAGAAUGAGACCCGAGAUGGGAAAGAAGAACAUGGCCAGGUCCGUGAACCCCAAUCUCAGCACGCAUUGCCACAUCACACUGCCCCAACAGCUAGCCCAGGGUGUCCAGUGUAUCUGAAGUAGCUGCUGGAAGGGGGCUAUCCCAUGCAAGGGGAGACGAGGGCCGGAACAGAGUGAUCUUUCGCAAAGGGCUUUUUCAUCUUGUUCCUUAGUGCACACUGCCCACUCUCCUCUAGGCAGCAACCCUGCCUCCUUUAUUUUCCUCAUCCUGCCUGCCACACUUGGGCAUGGGCUAUCAUGACUGUGGAACCCUCUUGGUGCUACCUUAUUCCACAGUGGUGCUAGAAUGCCCAAUAGAUAGUGUCAGGAUAUGCCAAUGUGCUUCUGGUGAGCCAAAAUGGCUUUUUAUGAGGAUCUGAGCAUGGUUGACUCUAGCCCAGGGUCUCUCAAAGAGUGUGCACCCUGUAUGAGCAAAUAGCUCAGAUGCCCAGAGGAAUGGAAACUAUCCAUGUUCCACACUCUCCUGAGGUAUCAGGGGUUCCCUGGGGUUUGUGAGUGCCAUGGGUCCCUCUCCUUCCCAACCAUAAACUCUUUCAAAGACUUUCUUAGUCAGUCCACUCUGCCCAGUGGUGCCAAGGAGACAUAGUCCCAGAGUCCACUCUCCAGGCUGAGCCAACUUCCAGGGCCUCUUCCCCACUGAAUGGGUCUUCCAGCUAUUGGGAGGUGGCUGUAGGACCCAACCUCUUAAGACAGGGUUAUUCAGUGGCCAACAUCAGAGAAAAGACCUCUUCUGGGUAGAUGAGUGGGAGGGGAGGAGGGGAUAAAAGUGACCUCAUAUUUUUCUUGUCUAAGUUUCAUUGAAUUAUCAAUGCAAGGGUCUCACAUUGUGACCAGCUUAAGAUGCAAUGAUCACUUUCAGGUGGCCGUGAAUGUUGAAUGUCUCUGACUUAGCUCAUUUCAGCAAAUACCUACGGAAAAGUUCUCCAGGUUGUACAUAUGCUGAACGGUACAGGGUUCUAUACAGAAAGCUUUCUUUCCUAAACCAUCCACCAAGAGUCCAUGUCCAGGCAUUUUCUUGGUAGCACAAAUGUCUUUCUUGCUUAGAAAGUUGCUCUUGUCCUUUCUGUUGGUCAGCAUUGCCAUUGAGUCAGGGGCCUUUGGUUGAAAGGCUCCCUAAGGGCUCCUCUUCUCCCUAUUGGCUAAAUAGCUGGUCCUUUCUUGGGAAUUGGAUGCAAGGCAUGUUGUGUAUGUAAAUGUUUCUUGUAGGUGUCACCAUGAACAAAGGUAUAUUUUCUAUUUAUUUAUUAUAUAUGCACUUCAAGAAGUCACUGUCAGAGGAGUCAAGAGUCCUCUUAAGUAUUCUGUUAGAGGAUGUCCUUUGGAGCCCUGGGAAGGGGUGUGCCCAGAGCCAAGGACACCAGCUCUGGUUUGGAAAAAUCCUGCUGUACCAUAUUAAACAUACAAAGGAUGUCA